AUGCCUACCCUCAACUCUCUCCGAACCUUUGAGCCCCCGGUCCCGCCCUUCGCCGAAUUUGAGCGACGCCGCUCAACGACGUCUACUCUGACCAACAAUGCCGAGUCGGUUGGCUCGUCGCUCCGCGGCCUAACCACUUCGCCCACAUUGCGCUCCAAGAAUGGCACCCGUCCCAAGAGUGCCAAGUUCUCAGCAUACCGCCUACGCAGCAAUUCGGGAUUGUCGCUGCAUACCAACGAGGACCUCUUGCGACAGUACACCGACUACCACCCGGAUGGAUCGCCCAGAGUCGCAAUGUUCGCCGCCAACGGAGGCGAGAGAUUGAGGAGCAUCGACUCGAUAACCACGUCCAGCCAGCGCUCCAGCGUCACAUUUACCGAUUCCGACACUUCUGCCGACUUGCCCAUCCCCGAUUUUGUUGGUCGCGACAUGUUUGACAUGGUUAUCAAGGACCCUGCUGCAUCCGCGCAAUUGUGGAAGUUUGCAGCCAGUCGCGGCGUUGGGCAGAACGUCGAGUACUUGCUCAAGAUUCGCGACUACAUUAAUUCGCUGGAGCAAGUCGUUGCGCAGCUGGCAACCAUUUCCACCUCAUAUACAUCAAUCACGGCCACCUCGCCCAUCAACCUUCCCACACCCUUGUCAAAGACGCUAAACACCAACAUCAAGCACCUGACGACCUCAUUAAUCCCCAGCUUGGAAAACAUGUUCCUCGAGUCCAAGGCCUAUGUUGAGCAGAGGAUCGUCAGGGAAAUAUUCCCUGCGUUUGUCAAGCAACAGCUGUCACUGUGCACCAGUGUGGCCUUAUCUUCCGAGUCCGAAGGCGACAGCCCUCCAUCGCCAUUCCCGGGACUCAAGAGUUCCUUUUGUCUUAGCGAUCCCGUCAAGCCCGGGAACCCCAUUGUGUUUUUGUCAGAUGAAUUUCAGGACCUCACCGGCUACUCCCGUGCUGAGGUCAUGUCACGGAACUGCCGAUUGCUUCAGGGACCUCAGACAGACCGAGAGGCCAUCGCAAACCUACGCUCGUCAAUCUGGCGAGGAGAUGAGUGUUCUGAACUGGUUCUGAACUUCCGCAGAGACGGACAGCCAUUCUGGAACUUGCUCUACCUGUGCCCCCUUCAGGAUGCCUCCGGCAAGACGCGCUUCUACAUGGGAGCCCAGAUUGAUGUGUCUUCCAACAUUGAGAGCAACGACGAGGUGCUCAAGAUGCUGAGUUACGGCUCUGUGGAGGAGGAAAAGACGAGCAGUCAGAACAGCCCCCGUUGGCCCAGCGAGGGCUUACAGAGCGAACCGGAUCUUGACGAAUUGACCACCGUCAAGUCAAACUCGCAAGCCAAGGCCCACAAGAAGAGCUUCUUCAAGUCGUUCAACAAGAAGGCUCCCCCACCCCCGCUCUCGCCGCCACUGAGCCCGCGGCGUAGCUUGGAUAGGCCACGGUCGUCCGCAGGGCCAACCUUGGAGAAGACGUACAGCACUCGCACUGUCCUCAAGAGGUUAUCGACACCUCCCGAUAUGAUGACGACGCCUUAUUCUCGAUACAUGAUCCUCGAACACGUCCCCUCGUAUCCCGCUUCUCUAGGUGCCAUGCCUCUCGACCAGGAGAUGAGAUAUCCUCCAAAGCUGAGCAUCUCCUUCUUCUCGCAGGCCAUGGUGGACGCACUGGAUUUGGGUAUGGCUGCCGACGCCAUUCGACAAAAGGACGUAUUCGACGUGUUGGCCGAACAGGCGACUAUCCCAUCCGUCACUAAGGCCUUCAAGUCAACGGUGCGAGAGGUCGUCAUUCGAGACGGCAAGUCCAUCUCGUUGGACCUGGCCCUCACCAACCACAUCCCCCGACGGGCAAACAUGACGCGGGUCAUGAGCGGCGAAAGCGGCGAGACGAGCCGGGAGAAGAAGUCCGCAAAGAUGAUGAGCCACUGGUCACCGCUGAAGGACGCGGACGGCCGUGUCAAGUACGUCGUGCUCAUCAUCUCACCACUGUAA